UUCCGCGCGCCGCAUUCUCCCCAACAAGAGUGUCGCCACUUCGCGCAUUUCGCAAGAGCAGCUUCGUUUGGCGCGUCCGCCUUCCCCUUGGCAGAACGUCACAUUCGCAACAAAAUUGCGGUUUGGGAAAAGUCGAUCUCUAAGAUGUUUCCUCUGCGGAGAGUACGACUGGAGCCUCGCGGCGCAACGGCAUUCGCGCGCAUCCUCUUUAUAAGCCUUUUCGCUCUCAGUCUAUCGGGAGCGGCGGCGGCAGCAGCCAGUUGCGACGCGUCGACUCUGCCCAGUUACCAGCAUAUGCAAGACCUUACGGGGCGAGGGUUCAUUCUCCAUUGGUCGCUCGCGACUCCCGGCCGACUCGACGUCGCGCUCGAGGCGAAGCCGGGGAGCGGCGCGGAGAACGGGUGGAUCUCCGUGGGAUGGUCCCCGGACGGGAAAAUGGCUCCCGCGGACGCCGUCAUUGGUAACCUGCCGGGCGUCGCGGUCGCCGCGUACGACAUCAGCGGAUACGACGGGACGACCAUUGUCUCUUCGACGAGCUUCAAGAUCUCCGGCGGGCUGCUCAUCAGCGCGAAUGGCCGCAGCACGAUCAUCAAGUUCUCUCGCUCUCAGGGCGAUGGCGGCAGCUCCCCGCUCGUGCUCACCGGCACCGCCACCAACACGAUCAUCUGGGGGUAUUCCGGUUCUGGCAGCAAGGCGCUGGACUACCACGGCACCUUCCGAGGCUCGGCUAAGAUCAGCUUCAACUGCGGCGGCACCCAUACCACCCCCACCACCCCUGUCCCUACUCCUACUCCUGCUCCUGGUAGCACUGGUGCCGGCAGCACUGGUGGAAGCACCGGCAGCGGCACUAGCAGCGGCAGCGGCAGCGGCAGCGGUAGUGGGAGUGGCAGCAGCAGUGGUGCGGCCAACUUGCCGGUCUGUGAUGCGUCCAUGCUGACAGGAUACGCGCAUUCCAAGGACCUCACGGGGAAAGGGUUCCUCCUCCACUGGACGCUCACCCCUGCCGGCCAGCUGGACAUGGCACUAGAAGCCAAACCGGCCAGUGGCGCCAACAAGGGGUGGAUUUCGCUGGGGUGGUCGGCGGCCGGCAAAAUGUACCCUGCAGACACGGUCAUCGGGAAUCUCCCUGACGGGUCCGUGGGCGCGUAUGACAUGAGCGGAUAUGACGUGUCUGCUGUGCUUCCGUCGACGAAUUUCAAGAUCAGCAAGGCGUCGCUGGUCGCUGCUAACGGCGGCAGCACCAUUAUCAAGUUCUCUCGCUCCAAGGGCGACGGAGGCAUCUCCCCUCUGGAUCUCACAGGUCCAGCCACCAACACGAUCAUCUGGGGUUACUCCGCUGAUGACAGCAAGGCGCUGGACUACCACGGCACCUUCCGAGGCUCGGCUAAGAUCAGCUUCAACUGCAACAGCAACGCCGGUGCUGGUGCCGGCGCUGGUGCGGGUGCGGGUGCGGGUGCGGGUGCUGGUGCGGGUGCUGGUGCGGGUGCGGGUGCUGGUGCGGGUGCUGUGGCGACAGGUGGGCAUCAUUCCCUUGCCCACGAUAAUCCCAACACCAUCUUCCAGACCGUAUUCUUUACCACUGGUUUCAUUCUCCACUGGAAGGCCAACGCGUCGACCAUCAGCUUCGCCUGCGAGGUGGCAACCACCGGGUGGGUCUCCCUGGGGUGGAGCGCAGACGACAAGAUGUACCCCGCUGACGCUGUCGUCGGCUCCGGCAGCGGUAACGGCGCUUCAGUUGCGCCGCAUUCCAUUUCUAGUUACACGAGCGUGUCGCCGAGCUCGGGCUUUGCAGUCUCGGCUACGGCGGUUGAGUCGGGGGCCAAUGGGAAGACGGUGGUUAAGUUUACCCGACAGCUGGCGGUGGGGUCGUUCCCUAUCAAUGCGAACGGUGUGACCAAGGUCAUCUGGGCUUACUCGGCUGAUGGGUCGCAGUCUCUCGCCAACCAUAUGACCAACAGGUUCUCCUCUGUGCAUUCUCACACGCUGCUGGUUGCUCACUAUUCCCCCCUCCUCCUCCCCCGUUCCUGCACUCCCUCCUCCAUUUCAAUUACAACUGUUUUCGCAGAGGCUCUGCGUCCAUCGAUUUCAUCUCUGGAAGCACAACCGUUUCGUCCACUGCACCGCCCUCAACCACUCUACUAG